CACAAUGAUGAAUCCCCCAAACAAUCAUCAGCGGCAAAAGUACUGACGAUGACGACGGUACAUCAUUCAAAACAAACAUAUUCAACGAAUUUAGCUUCGCGGUAGAUUGCAACAUUGAAUAAUUUAUAAAUUUUUAGGCUUUCGACAUGGCAGAAGCCGGCAAUGUUCCGCAGAAGAUUCCGGUCCGCCGCCGUUCGUCGUUAUUUCAGUCAGAUCAAGGUUCUAUAUCUGCUUCGCCGGUUCCAUAUAAACCAAGCUACGAGAAACAGCUGAAGAACGAAAUCGAGAGUUGGAACAAGCUGGUUCGGGACAAAGUGCACGAAAUCAACGAAUUCAAAAAGAACAAUAUCGAGCUGAACGUAUCGCUGCUGUCGGAUGAACAACGUCGCUAUUUGAGCGCUGGACCCACUGUUGACGAAGUCCUUAAGGAAUCCAACGAUUUCGCACAACUGCUGGAACGGUACAUCCAGCGGAAAUCGUUCCUGGCUAGACGGUAUGACGCUAUCCUCAAGGAAACCCGAUCCCAAAUGGACAACGUGGCGUUGGACGUAGUGGAGAAUGAACUGCUUUCGAAGCCGAUUGAUUAGAAGAAGGUCGACGUGGUAUGCGUUUGUUUUAUUCGUGUAAGAUUAUCGUAAUGGUAUUAAAGUAGGUUUUGUAAAGAUUAUCUCCAAAUGCAUUUGUAAGAUUAUUCUCGCAUUGUC